AGUGCGUGCGAUGUAAAACAAAAUAAUCGUGAGAGCCGGGCUAGCCGUGAAACGGAGUACUUUUCUUUGACGUUGCAUGGUUCCGUUUGUGGUCAAAGUGUUUUUAUACGUUUACUUUCGUGAUUUAUCAAAGAAAAUAUUGCCAAAUAUUGAGACAGUUAAUUAAAGGACAAGGUGGACUUUGAAAUGUAUUAACGAGUGUGUUUAAUGCGAUUUUUUAUAUUACUGUUUCCAUGAAACUGUAUUUGUAAACGAUUAUUACGAAAACGAUCGGAUUUUCCGCGAAAAAUAAUUUCAAAACAAAGGACUAACUUGGAAAAGUUUAUGGAGGGAAAAAAUUGUACUAUUUGAUGACAGCGCACAGACAAUAAACGCGGUACACAGACCACGUAACAAUUACAAAAAGACUGAUUUUACGUAGUAUCACACAUUCCUAUCCAUGUACAGAUAACAAGAAGCCGAAAUAAGGCAAAAUGUUUAAGCUACUCGGAGGGUUGCGGGUGUACUUCAAGACCCAGCCUAUAAAGACUGACAAUGCAGUGUUCAGGCUACACAAUGUGUUCACGACGGUUCUACUGCUCACCUGUUCCAUGAUCAUCACAGCUACCCAGUAUGUUGGGCAGCCUAUCCAGUGCAUCGUCAGUGGUUUGCCCACAAAUGUGGUCAAUACCUUCUGUUGGAUUACUUCGACGUUCACAAUGCCUGAUGCCUUUGCUAGAGAGGUCGGCAAAGAAGUAGCGCAUCCAGGUAUAGCGAACGAGUACGACAGUUCGCAAGAAAAGAAGUACUACACGUACUACCAGUGGGUGUGCUUCGUGCUGUUCUUCCAGGCCAUAAUGUGCUACACACCCAAGUUCCUAUGGGAUGCCUUCGAGGGAGGUCUUCUAAGGACCCUCGUGAUGGGGCUCAACAUUGGCAUCUGUCACCCUGAUGAGAAGGAGAAAAAGAAGGAUGUCCUCAUAGAGUACCUCAUCAGGCACGAAAGGACGCACAAGCUAUACGCGCUACGGUACUGGGGCUGCGAGCUGCUCUGCCUCAUCAACAUUGUGCUGCAGCUGUGGAUGAUGAACGCCUUCUUCAACGGCGAGUUCUUCUCGUACGGCACCAGGGUCCUCGGGUACAGUGAGGUGCCGCAGGAAGAGAGAUACGACCCAAUGAUCUACAUAUUCCCUCGCAUCACAAAGUGCACGUUCCACAAGUUCGGUGCUUCAGGCAGCAUACAGACGCACGACAGUCUAUGCAUACUGCCGCUGAACAUCGUCAACGAGAAGACGUAUAUCUUCCUGUGGUUCUGGUACAUCAUUCUGGCUGUGGUGCUGACCCUGCUUGUUAUAUACAGACUAGUAAUAAUCUUCAUGCCGUCGAUCCGGCCGCGUCUCCUGCACGCUCGCUCCCGCACCAUCGCCAUGGAGACCGCCAAGCUCGUCUCCCGCCGCACCGACAUCGGCGACUGGUGGCUGCUGUACAUGCUGGCGCGGAACAUGGACCCGCUCAUAUACAGAGAGCUGAUCUCGGAGCUAGCGAAGCGUAUGGGCGAGAAGCCGGGCCGCGCGUGACAGCCGCCGCCCAGCGUCGCCGUGCUCGGCGUCUGACACAUCAUCACAUUACUUUACUCUGGAUUACAACCUCUUUAGAAGGCUGGACAAACUCCCUACACCUUGUGUCGAAGGUUUGCUAAACAUACACGUAGUUUAAACUCCUCAGUUUGAAAAAACAAAUGAAAUCAGCAUAUUUACUUGGACAGCCCAGUAGAGAUCGAGUAGCCAAGUCAUAAAAUGACAAUAUGCGUGUAUGUAUGUAAAACAUUUGUACCAUGUCUGUGUACCACUGAUCAAUAAUAAUUUGGUAUUAUUCUGUAUGUAUCAUUUUUUACAACAUUAUAUAAGGUAAACCAUCACAAUUCCAUUAGCUUUAUAUUUUUCAACUUAAAAAAUUUGUUAAAUAUACAAAAUGUUGGUUAAAGGCCUUCUAGGGGGGUUCCUUCAAAUCCUGUUUCUACAUUAUACUAUUAUUAAAAUGUAUGUGAUCAGAUAGCAUAUAGCAUUAGCUAUAAACAGAUAUAUUAAGAUUACUUUACCCGCCUGCAUCAAGGAGGGUAAUGAUUUCUCAGCUGUAGUCGACGAUAGUCAAUUACUUGCCCAAACGCUGUAUAAAAAUAUUGUAUUCCACGAUCACAAUCUCUUACCUUAUUGCAAUGGUAUAAGGUUCAAAUUGCAACUUGUGGUCGUGAAAUACCAUGUUUUUAGCGAAAAAUACUCUACUUAAGAAUUUGCAAUAGAUGCUACAUUUGCAUUAAUAUAAGAUAAGAUUUUUUUAAAGAUAUGGCCAUAAUUAGCGCUAUUAUCAAAAAAAACUAGUUUUUUUCCUAACUCGACAAUCGAUAACAGUGAAUCGGAUUGUCCAGUUAUUAUGAACAAUAGCGUCCAGAAAAAUUAAAAUAUGAAAAACUAAAAUCUCUACUAGAAAUCUGAAUUAUUUGUAUACUAUAUUAAGCUGAAAGAUCUAUGUAUUUCAUAUUUUUUCUUUAAUUUACUGUACUAUAUAGAUUUUACUGUCUGCAUGAACAACGAAUAUUGUACCUUAAAACUAGGUACCGUAAGUAGAAAUUCCUUUAGCAUUUUUCUUUAUGUUAUUUUUCUCUGUAGUCAUUAUUUCACUGCCAUUUUUUUAUCACAAAGAAACAUUUACUAGUUAAUGCAUCACACACAUCACAAUACCUUUUUUUUCCGUUAUAUCAUCACGUCUUAUUUUGUCAUCGCUAUUAAAAUCUUAUGUUUUCAAAAAAUCUUUUAAGUUUAUAUCUCAAUUAGAAAGAUGACAAGUAGGUUUUAUUUUGUAUUUUACAAUACACUGCAAUAUUCUUUUGUGGCCCAUCGUAUUUGUUCCACUUUUGUGGUAGUACGAAAGGUGGAAAUCACCAGUGGGACGAAGGUAGUGAGCCGAAUAGAAAUAAACCACAUUAUGUUAAAGCAAAAAAUGCUUGAUAAUAUACUCAGCGUAUCGUAAAAUAUGUAAUAUGUCUUAUUUGUCGUAAGAUCUGAGUAAAAAGACAUUUUUACUAAACAGUUUUAUGCAUAUCAAGUAGAUAAUUGUUUACUAAGUUUUCUCUAUUAUUUUAAUGUUUAACUCCAACAUUUGUUUAUUACGAUAAGUUUAUCUUACAGUUAAUUUUUCUGAAAAUAAUCUCAACCAUAUCUUAGCACAAAUCUUUUUUACAAAUAGCAACAUUUUUACUUCAACUUUUUUUUUUGCAAUGGUCACACUAAUUUGAGGUCUCUAUUUUGAGGUCCAUUUUUAACCGACUUCCCAAAAAGAAGGAGGUUGUUUAUAUUGCCCACCAUGGCCUUUUGUGAAUAAAGCCGUUAAAUAUUAGUAUUGUAAAGCACUGAUGUGAAAUGGACUGGAAUUGUAUGGCCUUAUAACUAGUAUUGUAUGAUAUGUAUGGACUUGAAGAUUUGCACUGGCAUAUCUCGAAUAUGUACCUAA